AUGGACUUGGGAUGUACAGGACCAAGAUUGGCCUGGACAAACAACAGACAAGGAUGGGCCAAUACUAUGGUGAGACUGGAUCGAGCUAUAUGUAAUACUGAAUGGCGAACCACUUUCCCUAAAGGAUUGGUUCAAAAUCUACCCCGUACUUAUUCAGACCAUUCUCCGAUGAUGAUUUUCACCCAAGGUAAGUCCCCCUUUAACCCUUCUCCCAAAUCCUUCAAAUUUAUUGCUGCUUGGAUUUUGCAUGAGGAUUUUUUGUCUGUGAUGGAAAGUAACUGGGAACACUCCCCUCCUUCUCUUGUUGAUAAGCUUGAGAAUCUAGCUCUCAAUGCUAGUGUGUGGAAUAUUAAUAAAGAGACAUUUGGGAACAUUUUUAGAAAUAAGAGAUGGCUAUUGGGGAGGAUUGAGGGAAUCCAAAAAUCUCAAAUCCAUAAUUACUCCCAUAACCUCUAUCUCCUGGAGAUGAACCUUUUGAACAAUGUAAUAAAGUCCUCUACCAAGAGGAAUUAUUAUGGUUUCAGAAAUCUAGGUCCAACUGGAUUACCCAGGGGGACAGAAAUACCAAGUUCUUUCAUCUCUCUACCUUGA